UGGGGCACUUAUGGGGCACUUAUGGGUCUGGGAUGUCACUUAUGGGGCACUUAUGGGUCUGAGGUUGCACUUAUGGGUCGCUAUGGGGCACUUAUGGGUCCGAGGUGGCACUUAUGGGUCACUAUGGGUCACUUAUGGGUCCGGGAUGCCACUUAUGGGUCACUUAUGGGUCCAGGGUGGCACUUAUGGAUCACUGUGUGGCACUUAUGGGGCACCUAUGGGUCUGGGAUGGCACUUAUGGGGCACUUAUGGGUCCGAGGUGCCACUUAUGGGGCACUUAUGGGUCCGGGAUGUCACUUAUGGGUCGCUAUGGGGCACUUAGGGGCCCAAGGUGGCACUUAUGGGGCACUAUGGGGCACUUAUGGGUCUGGGGUGGCACUUAUGGGGCACUUAUGGGUCCAGGGUGCUACUUAUGGGUCCGAGGUGGCACUUCUGGGUCACUUAUGGGUCUGGGAUGUCACUUAUAGGGCAUUUAUGGGUCCAAGGUGUCACUUAUGGGGCACUUAUGGGUCCGAGGUGGCACUUAUGGGUCGCUAUGGGGCACUUAUGGGUCCGGGGUGUCACUUAUGGGUCACUGUGUGGCACUUAUGGGUCACUUAUGGGGCACUUGUGGGGCACUUAUGGGUCACUUAUGGGUCUGAGGUGUCACUUAUCGGGCACUUAUGGGUCCAGGGUGAUUCUUAUGGGUCCGAGGUGGUGCUUAUGGGGCACUAUGGGGCACUUAUGGGUCUGGGAUGUCACUUAUGGGGCACUUAUGGGUCCAGGGUGGUACUUAUGGGUCGCUAUGGGGCACUUAGGGGUCCGAGGUGGCACUUAUGGGUCUGGGAUGUCACUUAUGGGUCUGAGGUGGCACUUAUGGGUCACUAUGGGGUACUUAUGGGUCUGGGAUGGCACUUAUGGGGCACUUAUGGGUCCAGGGUGGUACUUAUGGGUCGCUAUGGGGCACUUAGGGGUCCGAGGUGGCACUUAUGGGGCACUAUGGGGCACUUAUGGGUCCGGGAUGCCACUUAUGGGGCACUGUGUGGUACUUAUGGGGCACUUAUGGGUCACUAUGGGUCCUUAUGGGUCCAGGAUGUCGCUUAUGGGGCACUUAUGGGUCUGGGAUGUCACUUAUGGGGCACUUAUGGGUCUGGGAUGUCACUUAUGGGUCACUGUGUGGCACUUAUGGGGCACUUAUGGGUCUGAGGUGUCACUUAUGGGUCGCUAUGGGGCACUUAUGGGUCUGGGAUGUCACUUAUGGGGCACUUAUGGGUCACUAUGGGUCCUUAUGGGUCCGAGGUGGCACUUAUGGGUCACUUAUGGGUCCGAGGUGUCACUUAUGGGUCCUUAUGGGUCAGAGGUGCCACUUAUGGGUCACUUAUGGGUCUGGGAUGUCACUUAUGGGGCACUUAUGGGUCUGAGGUGGCACUUAUGGGGCACUUAUGGGUCACUUAUGGGUCCGAGGUGGCACUUAUGGGGCACUAUGGGGCACUUAUGGGUCACUGUGUGGCACUUAUGGGUCACUUAUGGGUCUGGGAUGUCACUUAUGGGGCACUGUGUGGCACUUAUGGGGCACUUAUGGGUCUGGGAUGCCACUUAUGGGGCACUUAUGGGUCCGAGGUGGCACUUAUGGGGCACUUAUGGGGCACUUAUGGGUCACUAUGUGGCACUUAUGGGUUGCUAUGGGGCACUUGUGGGUCUGGGAUUCCACUUAUGGGUCACUUAUGGGUCCAGGGUGUCACUUAUGGGGCACUUAUGGGUCACUUGUGGGUCCAUUUGGCGCAGUUUCUGGCCACGCCGGCCGCCUGGUGCUUGGAUUCCUGGGCUCCGUUCCGUGCGCCAUCUUGCAGGGCCGCUUCCACCUCUAUGAGGGCUACAGCCCGGCCCAGGUCGUGACCCCAAUCCGUACCCUGCACCUUUUGGGGGUUCACACCUUGGUUUUGACCAACGCCGCCGGAGGUUUGGAUCCAAACCUGCAACCCGGGCAGCUGAUGGUCAUCAAGGAUCACAUCGACUUCCCAGGGAUGGCGGGAAGGAACCCCCUGGUGGGACCCAACGACGAGAGGUUCGGGCCCCGUUUUCCCCCCAUGGUGGAUCUUUACGACCCCGAAUUGAGGAGGUUGACUUUGGCUUUGUGCCCCCCGGAAUUGAGGGCGAGGGAGGGGGUCUACGUGGGGGUCGGGGGGCCGAGCUACGAAACGGCGGCCGAGUGUCGGAUGUUGAAGAGGUUGGGGGCCGACGCCGUGGGCAUGAGCACAGUAGCCGAGGCUGUGGCGGCUCGCCAUUGCGGUUUGAGGCUGCUGGGCCUUUCCCUCAUCACCAACGCGGCUCCCGGCACCACGGAGGACGGAUCCGGCGACACGGAUGAAGGCCCCAAAGGACACCAGGAAGUCCUGGAAGCAGCUCAAGCCGGAGCCCGGCACCUCCGUGCCCUCCUGAAAGCUUUAGCGCCGCGUUUGGCUGCGGAACACGCUUAGAACACGCUUAGCGCACGCUAAGGACACGCCAAGGGCGGGAGAGGAAGCGGCCUGGGAUCGGCAUUGGAAGCACUGUGGGAGAGGGCAGGGAUUCGUGGCGUGUUCUUGGCGUGUUCUUGGCGUGUUCUUAGCGUGUUCUUGGCGUGUUCUUAGCGUGGGUUGGCGGUGUGUCGGCCCUGCGGUGGAAUAGCACUGUGCCCGUGUCUCUGCUGUGUUCAUCACGUGUUCGUCCCGUGUCCAUGCCGUGUUGAUCCCAUGUCCAUCCUGUGUCCAUCCCAUGUUGAACCCAUGUCCAUCCCAUGUAGAUCCCGUGUCCAUCCUGUGUCCAUCCUGUGUAGAUCCCAUGACCAUGCCAUGUAGAUCCCAUGUCAAUCCCAUGUUGACCCUGUGUCCAUCCCAUGUAGAUCCCAUGUCAAUCCCAUGUUGACCCUGUGUCCAUCCCAUGUAGAUCCCAUGUCCAUCCCAUGUUGACCCUGUGUCCAUCCCAUGUUGAUCCCGUGUUCAUGCCAUGUAGAUCCCGUGUCCAUCCUGUGUCCAUCCCAUGUUGAUCCCAUGUACACCCCAUGUCCAUCCCAUGUAGAUCCCAUGUCCAUCCCAUGCAGAUCCUGUGUUGAUCCCGUGUUCAUGCCAUGUUGAUCCCAUGUCCAUCCUGUGUCCAUCCCAUGUUGAU